AUCCAGCCGUUAACGGCCGUAAACCCUAACUCCGACUAAAAUUAAUUCUCUACAAGGCAUUUGCUAUUCUUUCCGUCCCCUAAAGAAAAUCCAGCCGGCGAUGGAAUCAUUUGCAGUUGGUGGAAACACUCUUUCUAUUAUACUCUUCUCCGACGUUUCCAAUUCUAAAGAACUACUGGAAUCUAUGCAAGCUGGAACAUUAGAGCCAGAAGUAGCACUACUAAAUGCAUCACUUAUUCCAGACGUAUUUCCCCUUUUGGCAGCUGCACAUAAAACACUUGUGUCGAAGUCACGGGAAUCUCUUACCACACGAACUCUGCAUUCUGAACUUGUGUAUAACUACUCUGGAUCUAAGCAUAUAUCAGAAUCCUUAAAAAGAUGUGGCAUCUCAGACAACUCAAGUUAUGUCCUUGCAGCUCGCUUUGGUGCUUCAACUGAUGAGAUUGCAGCCAUACAGAACCUGAUCAAAGGUACAAAGGCUGAGCUGAAGGAACUAGAGCAAAGAGCAAACCACGCCCAGAUUCAAAAGCACUACAAGAUAUCAAAGUUGGAGCUUGAGAUAUCAUCAUUGUCAGAUGCGAUAACUUGCAGAAUUGCUGCUCGAGAUGCUUUAUGAGCAUAGAUCAUGAUAUGAAUCUCAUCCUUUCAAAUUGCGCUCUUUUGAAUUUUGACACGAUUUUCAUCAAUAGAGAAAUUCUUCCUUGUAUUAGAUUACAGGCAAUUGAUUUGUUCCUUCUCCAAUUUUAAGGUAUCAACUUGGCUACCUUUUUGCCUUAGCUACUCAAGUACACAUGUCACUAACACACACAUGUGUGUGUAUUCCCAAGUACAAUAUUAUACGUAGUAUUAUUACCCCAGUACAAAUAUAGUGUACAAUAUUUCAAAUUUGGUGAGAUACAAGUGUCAAACUAUG